AUGCCCCGGAACCCGUACAACAGAUCCUGCAACCCGUGCCGCGAGCGCCACCUGAAGUGUGACCGGGUGGCGCCCUCGUGCACCAACUGCACCAAGUCCCGGUACCUGAUGCAAUGCAGCUAUGAGCCUGUGCGAUUCAAGUUCCGAACGUGUAUCCCCGCACAGGUCGAGGAAAGCGAACCCUCCGGCUGGCCGUCAGACCAGCAUUCGUCUCCCCGCCAGGAGCCAGCAACCCCGAAAUCAAAUGCGCACGAGGACACCCAGAGAGACCCUCCGUCCGAGCCUGCCAGCAGCCCUAGCCCUCAUGCCAGCGGCGAGACCAUCUUUGAGCCGAGCCAGGUCCAGGGGGCCUUUGAUUCUUCCACACCACUGACGAGCCCUCAGGUGCCGGACCCCUCCGCCAGCACUGCAGUGGCGUUUCCGGACACGUUUGGACAAGAUCCACUCCCACCAGUCUGUUUCCCCAGCACGCUGAUUGGAACUGCCCCGAGCGUGAUAGCCGAUCAAACCGAGGCCAGCAUAUACAGCUUCUACCUCCAAACCGCCGGGCCAUGGCUGGACAUUGUAUCCCCAAACCGCUUCUUCGGUCUCCACGUCCCCCAGCUGGCCGCUACGGAGACCGCACUCCUCUCUGCAUGCCUUGCCUAUGCGUCUCAGGUGCUGUACCUUCACGGCCGCAUCGCAGCUCCCGUCAAGGAAACCCUGCACGAUCGGACCCUUAGACUGCUAACCCCACUGCUUACCACCUGCCAGCAAAGUCACCCGCUAGGCUCCAUCCUCGCAACGACCGUCCUGCUCCGCAUGACCGAGCAGUUCCUUGAACUUGGUGAAGACCGCCAGCACCAUCUAUAUGGCAGCUCCACGCUUUUUGAAUCAGAGUUCGAUGAGUGGUCAAUAUUCGACCAGAACCUGUCAAGUACAGCCUUCUGGGCAUAUCUACGCGGUAGCAUCCGUGUCUCGUUUAUGCUGGAGCGCCCGUCGCCAUUCGAGCUGGGCCGCCUGCAGAUUCUGAACAUGGAAUAUGCGGCCAAGGAUGUCAACCUGACGGACGAGGCGUAUACUAACAUCAUGACGUAUCUCAUUGCGGAGCUAUGCACGGCCGUCUGGGGCACACCGAGCUCCCCUGCAGAUUCCGCUGCGAGGGUUAAGCGGCUGGAGCAGGCCAUCUCGGACUGGAGACAGCAUCUUCCGCCGUCCUUUCAGCCCUGGUAUGUCAAGUUUGACGAGAGCGAUACCUUUCCGGACGUGCGCUAUCUAGCGUCGUGGCACUACGUCGCAUGGCAAUUUUUCUACGCGGCGCAAAUCAUGCUUGCGGUCUACUCUCCUACGAUUGGCUCGGAAUCCAACGUAUUCAAUUUAACAAGGCUAUUGGAGCAGAAAAUCGCCACGCCAACACGCUGGCUCUGCGGCGUGACUCUCUCGGCCAGCGACUGCGGAGUCAAGAUCAACGGUAGCCACCUCGUCGCCUGGAGCGCGCAGUUUGUCACAGGGAAAGCGGAGCAAGGCCUUAUCCUGCGCAUGCUACUUGCACUCUGGGAGGAAACUGGCUGGCCGAACCAGACAAGCUGUGCUCGCCUGAGGGGCAUUUGGGACGGGUCGCGGCCGCGGUGGGUAAACGUCGCAGAGAGUCCUGCCUAA